AUGCUUGUCGUGGCGCUGCUGCAUGUCCUUUGUGUGCAGGCAUGGGCUGACCCAGCGAGCCACUGGCCUUGGCCAGCUUUCAAGCCGUUGGAGGGCGGCAGUGUCUUUGAGUAUGUGGCCCUGCAAGACGCCCAAAUGCACAACGGGACCUUCAGGUCACUGCUCGCAGCCAUCAAAGAUCCCCAGGCGCAGGCAAAGUACCGGGAGAUUGACGCCCAGUGGCAGGCAGGGCAGCUGGCCGUACCGUGCGUCUGGUCUCGCCGGAUGGGGCUUGUGAAGCUCGCAGAUGGUGUCCUCGUGUACUCACCGGUGGAGUUGUUGCCUGACGUGAGGUCGGCUUUACAACGGCUUGGCGGCGUGACGACCAUUGUGCUACCCAAUCGUGAGCACGCGAUUCACUGGGAGAGCUGGAACAGGGCUUGGCCCAACGCCCACGUGAUUCUCCCUCAGGGAAUCCAUCUCCCCAGUUGGGCAAAUCCGCUGGAGGUGGGUCCAGGAGCGAUCCCUGAGGCAGUGAAGAAGAUCUUGCAGGAUUUUAGCAUCGAGGUCAUUGGCCAGACAGGCUUUCCAGAAGUGGUCCUGCAGCACCAGAGCUCUGGGACGCUGCUCACCUCAGACUUUGUCUACUUUGGCUCUAAGGAUAAGAAGGACAUGAGUGGCCGGCCGCAAGUUGGUGCAUGCACAGACCUCUACUACGAUGCCUUCGUGCGCCCGGGCCCGUCGGACGUGCUGCUGCCAACAUACCGCCUGGGGCUCUCAGAGGUGGACAAGAGGAACAUUUCUCAGAGCUUGCAGCGCAUCCUAGCCUGGGGCCCGCGCCAGAUCUUGAGCGCCCAUGCUGGCAGGGUCUCAAGCGGUGGAAAGGACGAGGCUGCCGCCAUCUUGAAAGGAUCCUGGAGCUGGUGCGAGACUCAGGUGGCUGAACCCACGCUUCUGAUGUUGUGA